AUGUCUUCCAAGACUGGUACUUCUCGGCUCUCGGUUUUGAUAAUUUUGGUGGGGAUACUGGUGGUAAUGUUUGCCAUCAGUUGUAGCUGCUCUAAUGUUGAUCAUCUAUCAACCACGACAGAAGAAAGCCAAGAUUUUGAAGUGAUGAACGAUAAAAUGAAAGAAGCAAUAGAUAAGACGGAAGAUAAAGCAAGAGAAGCAAAGGAAAAGGCAGAAGAUAAAAAUAAAGAAGCCAAAGAAUCCACCGAGUCAUGGGCCGAGUGGGCCAAGGAGAAAAUCUCUGAAACCAUUGGGCGAAAGCAGGAUGAUGCCAAGAAGGCUGCCAAGAGAGCUUCUGAUAGCUUUGCAGACACUGCUAAGGAGACCAAUGAUAAAGCUUCUGCGAAAGCUACUCAAUACGGUGCAGAAAGGGCAGGCGACAUGAAAGAUACCGCAACAGAGAAGAUCAAAGAAACGGCAAAUACAGCCAAAGAAAAGGUUAGCGAAAUGGCAAAUGCAGCAAAAGAAACGGUUGCUUCCACAACAGGAGCAACUAAAGAGAAGGCAAGCGACGCCACUGAAGCAGCAAAACAGAAGGCUUACGAAGCAAAGGAAAAAGCAGCGGAGAAAGCAGAGCAGAUAAAGGAGAAGACAGCUCGGAAGGCUGAAGAAGCCGAAGAGAAGUCUAACGAGGCUACAGGUAUGGCAAAAGAGAAGGCAGACGAGGGAAAAGAGAGGGCGUCACAGAAGGCAGAAGAGGCAAAGGAGGUAUCAGGUACGAAAGCCGAAGAAGCCAAAAAGGCAGCUAAAGAAAUGCAGAAGAGCACAAUGGAAGAAGGGAAAGAAAGGGAAGCUGAGACAGAGGAGAAUCUAAGCUGGGCCAAGGAGAAAGCUGCAGAAACGUUGGAGGCUGCUAAGCAGAAGUCACAGCAUAUCAAGGAAAAUAUAGCUGGUAGUGGGAAAGACAAGGAUGGAGAGCUUUAA